AAGCGGAAGCACUACGCGCAGCGAUGCGGCGGAAGGGGGAGGAGGCUGCUCAAGCCCACCAGCAGCGGCACAAAGCUGAGAUAGACAGCUGCAUGGAAGAGGUCACGGAGAGGGCGGUGAAUGAUCUCCUGGGCGGAGCCAUUCACGUGACCAUGAAGCAGUUCCUGCAACGAGAACGCAAGCGGCGGAUAUGGCGAGGUUUUGUGAAACAGUUGCGCUGGUUCGAUGCAAGAGGGUCCGCUUUGAAUGAUGCAGCUCAAGCUUUUCUGGAGAUCGCGCGGGCUGAGAUCGCACCACCUGCAAACCGUCGACAAAUGCCACCGUUAUGGAGCAACUUGAAACGUCCCCGCAAGUCUUUCUCAAUGUUCAACUACGAAGGGCGCGAGGCGCAAUUCGCGAAAGCAAGCGAAGAGGUACGACGGAGCUUCCCAACAAGAAACCUUUUCCCCGCUCACAUACUCACCAAUGUAUAGAUGACUCGAUUGGAGGGGCAAGUCCUCGCGCCAAUCAACGUGGCUCAAACUGUGUUCCCGGUUCUCCGAAAGCGACAAUACCCGGCCGCCUAUAGAGUGUAUUUCAAAGUGUGCUUGACGGUCCCUAGCAUCGAUCGAACAUGCUCGCUGAAGAGGCAGCGGGCCAAUUUCUGGGUUAGAUCCAAGUUUGGCCAACUUGGGACACCCGUCGAGGUUUCACCGAGAGUGCAGGAAGACGAAAUACAACGAUCGUACGACGUCGAUCUGAACAACCUCGGCGCUGAUUGUUGGGCCGUCGUGCGCGGCUUCCAAUCGCAGGACCCCGGGCAAAGGAAGAAGUCCCGCGACGUCUGGAAAGGCACUAGCGUCGUUAUAUUCCAAUUCGAUCUUUUCGAGAAAAAGGAGGCCUUCAGUGAUUACUUAGACAGGGAGAAGGCCCGGUUCGUUGAACUCGUCAACAACCUCGCGUCGCAGACAGCAGAGCAUCAAUUACCGAUACUCUUCAUUUUUUCGAGUGGUCAUGGCAUCACGGCAUUGCGUUUCAAAACGCUGGUUCAGCAAGCAUUCCGACUGGACUUUGUGCUGCAACAUGGACCGCUGUCCGAACUCCGUUGGCUGGACAUGAAGUACUCUGGCGAACUGAAAGAGCUACGACACGCGAAUGAAAACUUAGUGGCAACUCUGAAAUCCGUCACCGAGCACGUCUCGUUAUCCCCAGAAAUCCGAUUCAUUGGGCAAACUGACCGCGACGAUUCCAUCACAACUCUGUUUCCAACGGAGUACGCCGAAAAUGCAGCCCUGAUUCAGGCGCGGUUUCCGCAGCACUUGUUCUUCGACAAGCCUUGUAACUUCACCACUUUCAACGCACUCAUCCUCAACUUCAACAAUGCGCUGGACGUUUGCAAGGAGAAGCUGACUGGGCCGGAGGUUCUCCGAAUGAAUCACCCUCCGUUCGAGUUCGCAUCCGAUGAAAACGGUGAUGGAGUUGGCAUCGAGCGAGGGAUGAGCCAGGUCCGAUUGGAUUGGAAUGCGCCCGCAACAAUGGAGGAGCUGCGGGACGCUUUCGAUGGCGCCAGGUUACCGUUCACCGUAGACGGGACUGUCCCAUUCGGUGAUACUGCACAAGGUCUUGGUCGGCGCUGGAGGAAUGCCGAAAAGAUGAGCCCCCUCUGGGAAAUCUACGCUGGAUGGGUGGAGACUGUGACAAAAGGGCGAUUACCAGAAAGGAGAGCCCUGCGUGAUACUCCUAAUGGUAUCCCAACCGCAGAUGGCUCGAGUGCAGAAGAGAUUGCUUGUCUAUUCGGAUUAUUGCAGCCCUUCGAUUCUACACCUUCAUCAGUGAGCGGGGUACAAUUCCCCUUCCAAGAAAUCGUAGCUAUUGGCGUCAGGGCGACACUGAGCCGUGUCGACACUUACAUCGCUCACAACUUCAACCGCCUUCCCUAUCCAGUGCAGCUCCCGGCUACAGCGGUUGAACGCCAUAAGCUGCUCAUGGGGAGUCUGGUCGGCCAGUGGACUGCGGUAGCCUCCCAAUGGCCUGACGCGCAACCAUCCGCAGGAGCCCUCACCCAAAACAAUCCUGCUGACUGGCACCAAGAUGACAAUACCCAGCAGCACUCACCGCCCAAGCGUCGUCGCGAACCUGAGAUCCAAGACGGAGACACAUCAGUACCAUCCGGCGCCAGUCUCUCCCCGUCGAAACGCCGUCGGCUAAGCGAACCCGAGCCCCCACCGCUUAUCCUCCGCGACCUGUUCGAUGCUUCCGAAAUUGUACCAAACCCCGAUGUCGUCACCACAGUACUGGAUCCACCCCAUUCGCCGGCGCUCCUCGACGAUUGGCGCCCCGACCACUUUGACGGUCCGCCUCUCACCGAGGAGGAUCUCAGAGAAUUGGAAGAGAUCGCUGCGGGGGAGGAUCAACACUACUCCAUAUUUUCCAGAAAAGCCGCGUUGAUUGCACAUGGCAGACUUUCGUUCCCUUCGCCGUGAUCCGCUGGCAAACCCCCUCAAUUUUGGCGCCCAUCAUCCCCAUGUCUUCAUUGUCGCUUCAGGGCCUCACUAUCAUUCUCUCUUGUAUCACAUGUAUAUAUAUAUGAUGUACUUUAUCCCCACUGCUCCAUAAGAAAACGUAGUGCUCAGAAGCACCGAGAGGCAGACUG